AACUCGAACUGAUUUGCGUACGUACGAAAUUCUACGUUGUUACUGACUGACUGACUGCCUGUCCCAGCAAAACUGCUUUUGGUGAACCACAAUUAUCUCAUACUGGUUCAGACAUUAAUGCCAUUCAUAAAUUUAAUUUUGACGGUGCAGCAGGUGUAACUUUUGAUUCUUGGUUUGAGAAAUAUGAAGAUUCGUUCUAUGUUGAUCUCUGCAGAGUUGAUGACGCCUCAAAAGUCAAAAUACUUCUAAGAAAACUUGGGACGAUGGAACAUGAACGCUACAGUAACUUCAUUCUCCCGAAGAACCCACGAGACUUUAGUUUUGAUGAAACAGUUAAAACCCUGUCUCAAAUCUUUGGAGAACAGUCAUCUCUAUUUAAUAUCCGUUGCCAAUGCUUGAAGAUAACGAAAGAACCAGAUGACUGGGUGAAACAUGCAGGAAUUGUGAACCGAGAGUGUGAGAGGUCCAAGUUGUCUUCCAUGAUUGAAGACCAGUUUAAAUGCCUAGUACUUGUCUGUAGCCUGCGUUCACCCGAAAAUGCUGACAUCCGAACAAUAAUCCUAAGCAAGCUUGAACAAUGCCCCGAUAUGAUGCUGCGUGAAGUAACUACCGAAGGGUUAGUGAACUUGAAGCAUGAUACCUCUAUGGUAGAGAACGGUACCCAUUUCCCUUACAUUAGUGCAGUCCAGAGAAAGGUCUCGCAAGGUUCCAGCAUGCAUAAUUAUCGUAAUGACAGUGACAAACCAUCAUGUCCAUGCUGGUCAUUUGGAGGUUGGCACUAUAAGAGCUACCCGUGUAAAGAACAUUGUUGCAGUAAUUGUCAUCGGAAGGGCCAUAUAGAAAUCAGCUGCAGAAAAAGAAAGCAUAAACGGUAUUCUACAAAACCCUGCUUCAAGAAAUACAAGUUUGGCGCAUUAACAAAAAGAGUAUUGGUAUCACAUAAUCACGCACGGAAUCGCCGCCAAAGAAGCUUGUUACAGCUUCUGAUAUUACCCUAAUCAGCCUAGAAACUUGGAGGAACAUUGGGAGACCCAUAGUUCUCCCAACAACACAACUAACACACAGUGCAAGCAACGCUUCAGGGAUAUCGUUCACUGUUGGAGGUUGCGAGCACUUGAAGGUCAAACUGCCACAAGAUGAUUGGUGCGUCACAUCAACAAUUCGUGAAAAUUUUCCGAAGCGGUCAAAUCAAGACAUUUUUAGAUUUGAAUUGAGUUCAGCCACACCAUGUCUGAUAAUGUUCAUUCUUCAAGUAACGAAGACGAUGCCAUCGUGAUGAUGCAUGAUAUAGGAUGAAUCUUCAAUGAUAUUAUGUUAUCUCGAAGAUUUACAAGUUGGGAUAAUUUGGAGACCUGUUUGAAAGAAGUACAUAAGUAUACGCAUACUAAUUAUAUUAUGUCAGUAUGCAAAAAGAACAGUGAUGACCCAACUUCAAAGCACUUUUUCGUGAGAUAUGUCUGUAUAUAUGGAC